UGGCGUCCUCCGAGAGGGGCUGCUGGGCGGCGGCGGCCUCCCCCCAGCGCAGGGCCCCCCCGGGCGGGGAGGGACCAGGAGGCUUCUGCCGAGAGGCGGCGGCGGCGGCUGCCGCUGCUGGUGUGCCCGGGCUCCGGAAGCUCCUCGGAGGCGGAGGCGCCGCCCUGACCUGCGGCGGCCCCGGCUGCGCUCCUGCUCCGGACCCCCCCCCCGGCGCCUCUGGAGCGGCGGCGGCGGCGCACGGAGCGCCAGGGCCGGCCAGGCAGAGGCGAGGGAGGUGCUCCGUCCGCGGCGCGGGCGCUCGGGGCUUCUGGAGCGCCAGCGGCUGGGGCUCCCCGGCAAAAGACCCGCAGCAGCAGCCGCCCGUGAGCAGCGCGGGGAGCCGCCGAGCAGGUGUAGGCUGAAGGCGAGAUGGAGCUGGAGCGCGUGAACUUGGAGAGGGAUCCUGAAGCAGAGGAAGAGGAAAGGGGAGAGGGUGGAAGAAGAGGCUGUUGCGCUUGUGUGAACUGUGACCGCCUCCAUGGAACGGUUUCUAAAUGGAUGCUCCCGGAAGAUGCCAGAGGGACCUACCUCGAAAGAGCCAACUGCAUCCCGCCCCCGAUUUUCAUCCUUGCCAUCAGUGCUGCUGAGCUGGCUGUAUUCAUUUAUUAUGCUGUUUGGAAGCCUCAGACACAGUGGAUCACUCUAGGCACUGGCAUCUCAGAGAGCCCUCUUAUUUACACACCUGACAAGAGGCAGGAAGCCUGGAGGUUUUUGACUUACAUGUUUCUGCAUGCUGGCAUUGAACAUAUCUUAGGAAAUCUCUUCCUGCAGCUGGUUUUGGGGAUUCCCCUAGAAUUGGUUCACAAAGGACAUAGAGUUGGGUUGGUGUACAUUGCAGGAGUCCUUGGAGGUUCCUUGGCAAGUUCCAUCUUUGAUCCUCGUGUUGCACUCGUGGGAGCUUCAGGAGGCGUCUAUGCUCUGAUUGGAGGAUACUUCAUGAAUGUUGUUGUGAAUUUCCAAGAAAUGAUUCCGCUGUUUGGAGUGGCUAGAUUACUCUUCAUCUUUAUAAUAGUUGGAACAGAUGUCGGAUUUGCUUUGUUCAGAAGAUUUAUCUCUCCUGUGAAUGGGGAACAGAAGAUGUUUGGCAGGUACCCUUCUCUGCGAUCUCUGACUGCUGCAUCUCUCUCACUUUCUUGCAUCUGGGAUGAUUAUUCCUGUGUAUUUUGCCUAAAAUCUUCUCACGCGUGCCAUUCUCUUUUGCUUUCUGCUGCAUUAAGCAGAGUCAGAACUGAGCAAGGUCUGUGCUGAAAAGACUGACUUGCCUUUGGCAAAUCUCUUAGGAGCCCCAAGUUAACUUGGUAGGCAAGCUGAGGGGUGCUUUGCAUGGUCCAAGUUGCGGGGAAAGGGGAGUGCAGGAAUGGGCUCAUCUCCCUGCUCUUAGUUGCAAAGGAGACCUUGCACAUCUCCCCUGUGGGGAGAUACAGAAGUGGCUGAGGAGAGGAAGAAGAGACAAGACCCCUGGCUGUGGCUGAUGAUGACCAGGGCAAGGCAGAAGUGGAGGCUCCAUGACAAGGGGUUUGUGCCAUGGCCAAAGGCGAGUUGUGAGAAAGAGGGGCUGGAAAGAGAUGCCUGGACCUCCCUGCUCUACUUAGCCCUCCUUUCCUCAUUUCUUUUUGUGGGGAAUGGCUGUAUUUGAGAUGAGGGCUUAUCCUUACCAAUGGAGCAAUUGCUGCAAGGUCCUGCCUUCCAGAGGUAUUGUCUGAAAGUUCUCCUGAGAGUUAAUGGCUGCAGGGCGAAGUUGCUUCCUCUCUGGAUUGUGUCUGCCCAGGGGCUUAUAGUGAGGACUUUGCUCUGCUCUGGCCUGAGAGCCAUUCUCCUCCUUGGGCUGCUUCUCUUGGUGGCUAGGCUGACGAGACGGGCGAGCUCUCUACAGCUGGGAUCUCUUCUCACCAGGCCCUUCAGAACUGUCGUGCCCUGGCGGCAGCAGCGGCUGUUUCUCUGCAAGGUGGGCUGUGCUGAGAUGCCGGCUGCUUCCUGACUUGCCUGAUCUUGCUCCACUAAUGCUUUAGCAGUCAACCCUUGGGGGGUAUUUGCACGGCUGUUUCUGAAUCUCCCACCCGAAACAGAACGCCACUAAGUGUACAUGUGUGUUUGUUUUCUCUCUCAAGGUUUCCUUUGUGGCCCAUCUUGCAGGCGGCCUUACUGGGAUGUCAAUAGGUUAUGUCAUAUUCAGCUCUUUUGAUAAGAAUUUCAUUAAGGAUCCCAGGUUCUGGGUCUCCAUCAUUGCUUAUUUAGUCUU